AGCUGAAGUUGUAUGCAGUCCUUUGCAGUUUGCAUUUAACCGCAUAAUGAUUACUACGCUAAUGUCAGUUUAUGGCAAUUUCUUGAUAAAUUUUGAAUUUGGAUAAAUCAGAGGAAGAUACUACCUGGGAAAUGAGUCUGUAUGCGUUCAACGAUCAGAAAUUUGUCCGUAAAAAGUGAAAGUCGAAUAUACGUACGUACAUAUAAAGCUCAGAAGGAAAUAACCACUCCAGAAAAUUAUGAAUGAUAGCAGUCCCAUGAGCCCAGUACAUGGGUACGGUGGCGCUCAGUUAUCACCAACAGAAGGUGUAGAUGAUUUUCAGCGUUUACACAGCCCUAAAACAGACUAUUCAAGCAUAUGUGGGAAGAAUGUUUUGGUCAGUCCAACAGAGGAACAGUUUGAGCUGCUAAAAAAGAGGCUUGAAGAGCGUACACUAGAUUGCCGGGGUGAAACAAUAUACGAAAUCGGCAUAGGGGAUGAUGGUAGCGAUAAUGGCUUGGAUGAAGAAGAGUAUAGUGCUUCAGUUGCUACAUUACAAUCUUUGGCCGCAACAAUUGAUGCAGACGUGGUAUUGUUGAGGCAACGUAAAGUCGAAAAAGGUCUGGCAGGGCAAUAUUUGGUUAGGAAACGCGUUGACACAUCGGAUUUUAUGGAAAUACGGGUCGCUGUCGUUGGUAACGUUGAUGCUGGAAAAUCUACUUUGCUUGGUGUAUUGACACAUGGUGAGUUAGAUAAUGGACGUGGACAUGCUCGACAGAGAUUGUUUCGGCAUAAACACGAAAUGGAAACAGGACGUACUAGUUCUGUAGGGAACGAUAUUUUAGGAUUCGAUAGUGUUGGAAAUGUUGUUAACAAACCAGAUCACGGCACUCUCGAUUGGGUUAAGAUAUGUGAGAAAUCGGCGAAAGUAAUUACUUUCAUUGAUUUAGCGGGCCAUGAACGCUACUUAAAGACGACUGUGUUUGGCAUGACGGGACAUGCGCCGGAUUUUGGUAUGCUAAUGAUUGGAGCUAAUGCUGGUAUCGUAGGUAUGACAAAAGAGCAUUUGGGACUGGCUUUAGCAUUGUCUGUUCCUGUAUUUGUGGUCGUUACAAAAAUUGAUAUGUGUCCUCCCAAUGUGCUACAGGACAACUUAAAACUACUUUUUAAAAUACUAAAGUCACAAGGUUGUCGUAAAGUACCUGUAAUGGUCAAAUGCGCCGAUGAUGUUGUUUUGAGUGCUACAAACUUCGUUUCUCAACGCUUGUGCCCGAUUUUCCAGGUUUCCAAUGUUACUGGUGAUAAUUUAGACCUACUAAAAAUGUUUUUAAACUUAUUAACGACACGAAUGACUGGACAAGACAACUUGCCGGCAGAGUUUCAAAUUGAUGAUACCUACUCAGUACCUGGUGUGGGCACAGUAGUUUCUGGAACUUGUCUACAAGGUUUAAUAAAAUUGAAUGACACACUAAUGUUGGGACCAGAUGCACUGGGCAAUUUUAUACCGAUUGCAGUAAAGAGCAUUCAUAGAAAGCGGAUGAAUGUAAAAGAAGUUCGUGGCGGCCAAACAGCUAGUUUUGCCUUGAAGAAGAUUAAACGAUCUCAAAUCCGUAAAGGAAUGGUAAUGGUGAGUCCAGACAUAAAGCCACAAGCAUGUUGGGAGUUCGAGGGCGAAAUUCUUGUACUUCAUCAUCCUACAACUAUAUCCUCCCGUUAUCAAGCCAUGGUACACUGCGGAAGUAUUCGACAAACAGCUUCAAUCAUCAAUAUGUCGAAGGAUUGUCUACGUACAGGCGAUAAAGCCCAUGUAAAAUUUCGAUUUAUUAAGCAUCCGGAAUAUAUACGGAUUGGACAGAGAAUGGUGUUUCGAGAAGGUCGUACGAAAGCAGUUGGUAAUGUUCUAAAGCCGAUAACGAAUUCAGUUGCUGUACAACUUCGAGCGAAGCCGAACAAAAUGCAGGCGCGGAGUCCCGGUCAUAGCCAGGGAAAUUCCAAUGCGGCGCUACAAAAUCAAAAUCCGAAUGUACAAGCGUCAUUAUUUAAAAAUGGGAAGCAAUUGCCAUCGACAGAAAUAGAAGAGAUAAAACAAAAUUUAGAAGGUGUACUGGAGAGCUCUAUUGAUAAACGCGAUUUGCGUACUGCUAAACACCAGAAGCGCAGUUCCAACAACCCAAACGCAGCAUCAGCAAGUGGAUUAGGUACAGGAUGCUCCGUUAGUAAUUUACCAGCAAACAUCUCGCACACGGCUAUUAAAAAGUAAUUUUUCCAGAUUUAAUCUUUUUGUAUUAUUAUUUUUAUUUUUAUUUUAGUAAAGUGAAUUACUAUCUUUUUUUUUAUUGAAAUAAAAAAUAAUUUUACCAUUAUAUUGGUUUUGUAAAACAAGUGA